AUGGCCAGCCAACAAAGCUCUACGAACUUCACGGGUCUCUUGGGUCUCCUGUUUGUGGCCCUUCUGGCCGUCAUUGCUUUGGCUGACGAGACCGCGGUGCCCAACAAUGCUGCCCCCGUAGCCUCAGCCGCCUACAAGUAUGAGACAUCUGAACCCGUUGAUGCCUCCGACUACUGUUCCAGUUCCACCACCUGCAGCGGCUGCACGGGCUUUUGCGCUUGGUGCGGUAACAGCGACACUGAGGGCUUCUGUACAGCCUGUGACAGCGGCUGCACCAAGCCUGCCUUGUGCACACACAAGUACUGGACGCGCAGCCUCUGCCCCAGUGAAAUGGACACGAUUGCGCUGGGUGUGGGCGCUGUCAUUGGCAUUGUCGUGGCCUCCAUUAUCGGAUGCUGCUGCCUGAUGGCGGCGGGCUGCCUCCUUGUCUACUGCUGCUGCUUCGCCGGGGCGGUGGCAAUCGGACGCAGGAGUCCGGGCCACCAGGGCUAUGUCGUGCAUCAGAACUCACCAAAUGAGCUCGAAGUUCUCGGACAGGACAAGGCGGUGGCGCACAACAACAAGGCAGGCGCAGUCUAG